UUUCUACGUUCACGACGUAAUAGAAAAUUUGGUUUAUCUAGUCAAAAGGAAGCAGCUUUUUACAUAUAUACAUAUAUAUACAACAUGAGAGCAAAUUUUCCUGGUUUGAUUUUGAUAGUGGUUGCAGUUUUUCAACGAGGAUUUGCGAGCGAACACAGCGCCACUCAGGCCGAGGAAACCUCGUGUUCUAAGGGUCAUUGUUUUGUAGAAAAUGAAGGACCAUGCAAAGACGAUGGACAGCACAAAUUAUACCGCUGGGAUCCUGUGAAGGUUGGAUACGAACGAAAGGUCAGGCUCGAAGGAGAGAAGAUCUAUACCAUGAUCACCAGGGCUGUACAACCGGCGUUAUUUGAAAUUCCGGAUUUCUUGUCACCGGAAGAAGCCGAUCACAUAAUUGAUGUAGCUGAAUACGUUGGAUUUGCUAAAAGUGAUAUUCACUUGGACCCAGUGGCGAAACAGCACGGGAAAACAGUCAGAUCAACUGAAGGCCACUCAAAUAGCUCUGCUGGAUAUUUUCUUAACUGGGACUUCGAUCGAGAUUACGAAAUUACAAAAGAUGAGGUGAUAAUAUUUGCUAAAAAGUUUAAACAUCUUUAUCUUUCACCGAAAGAGGUCGAUGAAAUGAUAGAAUAUCUGGAGUUGAAAGAAUUCGAAGACGGCAAAGUAGAAUACCCCGAGUGGAGGACAUUUAAAACACACGCCAUUGACAUGUACAUGAAUGAUAUGAAAGAGAAACAUCCUCAUCACAGAGAUCGCUUCAGUGAUCAAGUGUGGCUCUUUCAGACAGCUGAAGCAGAUGAUGUUUUAAGAAGACUAAGAGAACGCGUUUACAAGCUUACUCGUCUUCAGAAGGGAAUAGUUUAUGGAGGUGAGCCUCUACAGGUCGUCAAAUAUGGUCCCCAUGGCCAUUAUCAUGCUCAUUAUGACAGCUCCAGAAAAAGUGAUUACCCGGAUGGAACCAAAUGUUGUCACUACGACCUCAAAAAUGCACGUUUGGCUAAAUGUAGAAUCUGCAGGUACAUCACUAUUCUUUACUAUCUAAAUGACGUGGAAGAAGGAGGUGAAACAGCUUUUCCUGUAGCAGAUAUGAAAAAUUUUAAUGAAACAGAAUUUAGGGACCGCAAAGACGGCGAUCGCUUCAAUUUAAAUGAAUAUUGUCAAACAGCUAACAUCGUUGUACCUGCCAAGAAAGGAAAAGCUAUCAUGUGGUAUAACUAUGAACUGGAUGGAAAAACCGGCUGGAUGAACCACAGAGACGAUAGAUCAUUACAUGGGGGAUGCAUCGUGAAGAAAGGCAUCAAGUACAUAGCCAAUAACUGGCUCCCAGCCCCCGAGAAUGACUCUGCUCAUCUUAUCAGUGAAUAUUUUCGAGACCCGGAUGAAGAAUAAGACAUGAGAGGCGUGUUCAUUUGAUUUUAUUUCCAAUUUAAUGUAUUUUUAAAAUACUAGGCGCUUAUUUCUUAAAUUUCUUAGCAUAAUACCUUAAUUGAUUCUCGCC